AGCCCUUGACCAGCUCACCGACCAACACGACUCAGCCAGAACUCCAAUCACCUCCAUCCAAUAUGGCAUCAGACGCUGGCCCGGUCAACUAUCAGGUCGAUCCGAUCAGUCUCCCACUCAAAAGGAUGCUGGCACUUGGGAUUGAAGGUUCAGGUCAGUGUCCGGAUGCCAAUCGGGUCACCGUCGGUAGAUGCUUCAAACAAGCUUGGCGUCGGGGUGAUCGAGCACCUUCCUAGCGGACAGAUCAACGUGCUUUCCAACCUGCGCAAGACAUAUGUUACCCCACCCGGCCAUGGCUUCCAACCCGGCGAUACAGCCAAGCACCAUCGAGAUCAUAUCAUCGACUUGGUAAAGCGCUCAGUCGAGGAGGCCGGCUUAGAACUAUCUCAACUGGACUGUAUCUGUUAUACCAAAGGCCCAGGAAUGGGCUCGCCCCUGCAGACCUGCGCCCUAGUAGCUCGGACGCUAUCCUUACUCUACAACUUACCCUUGGUCGGUGUCAACCAUUGUGUCGGCCAUAUCGAGAUGGGACGGCUGAUCACUCAAUCGAUGAAUCCGAUCAUCCUCUACGUCUCCGGUGGAAAUACCCAAAUCCUCGCCUACUCCCACCAUCGAUACCGAAUCUUUGGCGAGACUCUGGACAUCGCCGUCGGCAACUGUCUCGACCGUUUUGCCCGCGUCAUCGGUCUCUCCAACGAUCCCAGCCCCGGGUUUAACAUCGAACAAGCUGCCAAACAUGGCCGAAAAUUAAUCAACCUGCCUUAUACUACUAAGGGGAUGGAUAUCUCCCUCGGCGGCAUCCUCACCAAAGCUGAAGAGUACACCAAGAGCACGAAGUUCAGACCGAAGCUGGACGGACUUAGCGACUCGUCGGAAUCCAAAGAUUGUUAUUCCGCCGAUGAUCUAUGCUUUUCACUGCAAGAGACGGUCUUUGCGAUGUUGGUAGAGAUUACGGAGCGGGCGAUGGCCCAUGUGGGUGCGACUGAAGUCUUGAUCGUCGGUGGGGUGGGCUGCAAUGAACGACUGCAGGAGAUGAUGAAGACUAUGACUGAAGAACGCAAGGGGAAGAUCUUUGCAACCGAUGAAAGGUUUUGUAUCGAUAAUGGGAUCAUGAUCGCUCAUACCGGUCUACUCCAAUUCAGGAUGGGCUUCACAACACCAAUCGAAAAAAGUUCCUGCACUCAAAGAUUUCGAACGGAUGAGGUACUGGUGGAUUGGAGGCAAUGAGAUAGAUUUUUCUCUCAAUAUCCAGCCUGUAAGCAACUCAUAGGGGAACAGACUAGUACCUAGCCAUGUUUUAGUUUCCGAUCAUGUUAAUCAAGUUAGUUUGUUCGGGAUGCAAUCAACCCAAUUUCCUAUGCAUAAUGAAAACCCCACCACUUUAUGCGGGCCUU